AUGAGGAGUUCCCAAACUUUUUAGGAGCAAACAGCAUGCAUCAUCAGCACCUUACUGACAGACUUCUUGAGUCCAACAUUACAAGUUGCUACUCAGAGGCCAUGCAAUAUAGAUGAACCAGACUCAGCAGGAGCUACAUUCCAGCAUGCAGUGCAGUCUCUCAGUGAGGCCUGGUGUCCUCAGGAUUCCAGCCUCCCUUAUGAGACAGCUUUUCUGGCACUGUCAGUGAAACUUCUUAAGUGUGUGACCCAUGUAGCUCCUGAAGUAGCGAGACAGGUGGCUGUCCCCAUGGUGGGUAUGAUCAGCCAAAGAGCCAUCCGUGACUUCACCCAGAGCCAGGGAGGAUGGGAAAAUCUGCAGAGCUGA